AUGGCGGGAUUGGCGAGAAAAGCCUCGGUGGCCUUGAAACUUCUUGACUACGAUUCUCUAUCGAUAGCGAGUCAACGACUAAGUGAGUUCGACUCCUCAGGGGAUGGGGAACAACACCCACCCAACUUGGUCAAAGAUGGUGGUCGGAAAUGGCGACAGUGCCAACUCACAAAGGCAUCUAACUACUUAUUCCAGAAUUUUUUCAGCUUGAAUCGGUGUCAUUUGGGCUGCCUGACAAGAACAAAACCGGACCGAAGAUUGUUGCUAGGAAGUCAAACUGUUGUGGGUUUCACUGUGCAGCCAUCGAGUGAAGAAGAGAAAGAAGGGAGGGGAAAGAAAAUUUAA